GUGAGAGGCGACGAGUUGAUGCCAGACCGGCCCUUGCCGUGGCGAGGCCGUCCGAAGCGUUGGGGCUCCGCAGGUGUACACCGAUUACUGGGAGUAGCCCGCUGACCGACGGCGGCCGUCAUGAGCACCGGGACCAUCGGCUACUGCGAGCACCUGGUAGAGCAGGUGCUACGCUACGUGCCCGUGCGGGAUUUGUUCAGCUGCAGCCAGGUCAACACCCUGUGGCAGCGACUCAGCCUGGCACUGCUGCGAACCAAGCUCAAGUGGGUCCUCUGCAUCGCCCCCCGGAAGGAAGAGGACGAGACGUGGUGUCUGCGAAGCUACUGCUCGCAGUUGCGCCGUUUCUCCGCCAUCGCCCGGGAGGCAGGCAAAAAAGCCACGCUCAACUUCCUGCUCAUCUCGAUCAACCACGACGACGAACGCAACGUGCUGAACAAAGCCCGUCAGUCGCUUCCACAAGACUGUUUGACGGUGCUAUUCAAGUCACAGCGGGACAGGACGCUCAAUUUUGAGGAGAGCUGCAAGGGGCUCAAUGGCGUCCUCGUCUUUGAUUCCGCCGUCAGAAAUCCACGGCCUUCAUUAAGGGGGAGACGAAACAAAUGCGCAACGAAGUUCGCCUCGUCUGAGUCCGACACUGGCAGUCUGAGUCGGGUCUCUAAGUUCCUGCGGCGGUGGGUGUUGGGUGAUCGGGGCAACACUCUCGUCGCGUGCUUCAAGAAUACAUCCCCCGGCGUGCUCACCUUCCAGUCGAAGCUCAGCGUGCCUCUAGACGACACUGGUCGCAUAACGACUUACUACGUCGAGAAGACUACGGGCCACAAGCUACAGGUUACAACUGCUGCGCUCCUGGCGAGAAUGAAACGUCGAAGUCUUGAGUGCAUCCUCAGCUUGAGAGACGCCUUCAAGAACGUCGGCAACACGAUCGUGGUGGUGUUCCAGACAGAACCUAUGGACAUGUUCGUGAUGGAGCACAUACGGUGCGUGUUCCACGACGUAGCGGUCAUCAGCCUAGGUGGAGAAGCGGUGGAGGAGGUGCGCUCCAUCGCUUCGGACGGCACCGCUACUCCCCCCGGCCGCGGGAGGGUCACCGUUAUGUUGCUGAGGCUGCUGCCGGCGCUCACCGACAAGAGCACGAGGAAGAAGGCCUCCAAGAUUAAGUCCCGGGCAUCGGUCUAAUAUUGUCUACAACGUGUAUCCCGAACUUUCCCACAUGCCACACGCGAGUUGUCUCCUUUUCGGUCAG